GUCAUACGCUACGGAUACAGUAGGUACGACUCUGUGAGUACUUUAUGAUACGGGUGCUUCAGAAGUCGAGGUCGCCUUCGGAACUCAUUCCCAACGCAGGAGUUUCGAGUGGACGGGACGAGCAUUUUACGCAGCUACGGAAAAACAACAGGACAUGAGAUCGAUAUUUACGUGUUCCACUCCCUUGUGGGUCGCCGUGCUGUUAUUGAACGCUGCGCUCGGUGCAGCAGAAGGGACAACAGCGAGUUCGCGGCAGAAGAGGCAAGUGAAAGAGAAAAUUGACCCAAAGUGCCUUCCUACAGAGAUCGAAAACUUGAGGAACGUGGCGGAUGCAACCCAGGUCACCCUCGCUUGGAAGCAAGUCACCGAAACUUAUUGGUGCACUCGGUAUGGAGCUAAGUACAGCGUCAUCAUCACGUGGACACCGAAAGGUGAAGAAUUAAAAGAGGAUGAAAUUGAGGCAGCUGGUGACUACUACGUCAUCACCGGUUUGAAGCCUUAUACCUCAGUGGGAAUAAAAGUGUGGCUGCGGUACCUCGACGAAAAUGGAGACAAGCAUGAUGGACCACCCAGCGCUAUUACUCCGAGGACAGCAGUCAGCAAGCCAUCCUUACCGAAGAACUUCAAAAUAUCACAGUUUAAACAGGACGACGACAGAAAACUGGCAGUGACAGCAGUGUGGGACGCUCCUGAUGUUCUAAACGGCCCUCUGGACGGAUACGUGUAUCAAAUCUGCCCAGUGAAGACUUGCAACGAUAAUCCCGGCACGCACUGCAGGGAAGAUCGUAUUGCCCGCCAGAUGAGCUUCACUGUGUCAGGAGUAAGGCCGUUGGUGCGCUACUGGGUUUGGCUCGCUGGUUAUAACGAAGAUCCAACGAAAGACGGAAGGGAUAAGAAGGUGGUUGGCGAAUACACACCGUUCUGCUUCUGGGUGCCGCCAGUUGACCUGGAGCCUACGAGAGACUUCGAUGUGCAGUGCACCCCUAGCCCGAACACGGUCACCGUCACGUGGAAAUUGCCAUUCGCAAACGACAGCGUUCCGGAAGGCUACAGAGUCGAAAUUACUGGAGGAUUGGCAGGGCUCGAGAAAGUGACUCACAGAGUAAACAUCGAGACUUCGUGUCAGGAAGAAAAUUGCAGAUAUUCGGUGGGAGGAGGCAAAGGGGGACACGCCUACUCGCUUAUGCUGUUCCCCCACUACGAGGACAUUGGAACCUUUGGACUACGCAUUGAUAAGGGGGAAUGUGUCAUGCCAGAAAGCGAACCACCGCCACCAAAAAAAGAAAUCAAACUCGUUGCGGACCCCAGCUUGAAUAAGGCUGAACAGGCGUUUGAGUUUUCCAUUACUAUGUUCAGUGACGAGAACGGCAAAAUCACAAACACGGAAUGGCUGAUAGCGCAGGACUCGCAAAUAGAUAAGUGUGGCGCUCCUGUGACGUGGAAAGAAGCUCAUUCUCAAGACCCGAUCAGGUGCUACGUAGUGAAAUUUGACACAGAUGAUCCGCCUGCCUGUAAAACAGUGAAUGAUGUCAGAAGAUGCGUUAUUGGAACUGAGAAGGAAUGCGAAGGACACGGGUGUAAUGGUCAACUGAAAGUUGGUGUGAAGUACGGGAUAAAACUGAGGGGCUACAACAGCAAGGGACAUGCCGAUUCGAAGGCUGCAUUCUUCACAGCCCCACAGGGAGUCACAGCCCCACAGAGAGUCACAGCCCCACAGGGAGUCACAGCCCCACAGGGAGUCACAGCCCCACAGGGAGCCACAGCAGCCACAGGGAGUCCACCCCCUUCUUCUUCUUCUUCGUCCACCUCAGAGCAAUGGCCGUUAGCCACUGAGGCAACUAGCAGCAGCGGAAAGAUCGGCGGUAGCUUCAUCGUCAUUUUUGCCGUCAUGUCUGUAAAAGCGCUCAUGGUGCAAGCAUACUGACAAUAUGGAGACGCCAUAACCAUGGACACCGAUGACAACAUAGAGAACAACAUAGCCUCAUGACCAUCGUCAGUUCACGAAUGUGGCCAUGGAAGAACAUUAAUAUCACCUAUUAUGAGUCAUAAAACAUCAUUACCAGCUCACGAAACCAGUAUCCCUCUUUCAUGAACCAUAGCACAAGGACAUCUUUGUGACAUCAGAGGGAAUGUUAUCGCCCUUCAUGAAAUAAACAAGUAUAUCGUUAUGCGAGGUAA